UGUGUGCUAGACUGGAGUUUAAUCACUUCAAUCACAGAGAAAGAGGCAGAGAGGUAGUCUGACAGCAUUCGGCUAAACCAAAGCCCUCUAGCUUAUGGUCGGAUUCCAUUAUUUCUUGUUUCUACUCAUGUUGUAAUCUUUGGAGUUAAAAGAGAAUGAACUAUCUCAAGGAAGCUGUCAUACUAUCGUUAGGCCUGUACCUGAAUCUGCUGUGCAGGAGAGUGUCAGGUGGUCAGAUAUCCGGCAAGGGAGUUGUCAAUCUUGGACACAGACAGAGCAAAUGGACUCCCUUAAUGCAGACGAGCGCGAAUCUCUCUGACAUCACAAGCAUCAGAUCUUUCUUUGAGUUUCGGACCUUUGACCCAGAGGGAGCCAUCUUUUAUGGAGACACCAAAGAAGGACUGGACUGGUUUGUGCUUUCACUGCGUGAUGGCAUACCUGAAAUGCAGAUUGGGAAAGCAGACAUCUUAGUGAGCAUAAAGGGAGGUCAUAAACUCAAUGAUGGAGCCUGGCACUUGCUCGAAUUGCGGAGUGAGGGCAAAUUUGUGGUGCUAGAGGUAAACAACAAGGCAGAGCUUGUAGUUGGUCUCCAUUCUAAACUGACAGAAGAAGAACUAACAGGAAAGAUACGUCUGGCUGUUGGUGGCAUGCUGGUGGACAAACAAACGCUCUUCCAUCCAUUUCAACCAGAAAUGGAUGCGUGUAUUAGAGGAGGGCAUUGGCUAAAUCUCAGCACCCCCUGGGAUACAGACUCAACAUGGGAACCCCGGCCCUGCUUCUCCCAGAUCAAGAGAGGGAGCUAUUUUCCAGGAACUGGAGUGGCUGUGUUUAAUACUUCUGAACUUCCUGGACUUCAGACAGAAGAGGCUGGUAUCACAAUCGAGAUCUUCGGAUCUUGGACUGGGACAGCGUUGAGUCUCCAAAGCACAGGAUUUCAGUAUAUUUCGAAAGAGUUAGAUGGGCAUAAAGAUGAAAAGGAGGUGCAGUUGGGCCUAAAAGAGGGAUCGGAAACUUUUGACCUUCCCCGUGAACCUGCAACACUUACUUUUACCAUUCUGAAACAUUCACUUGUGGUAAACAGCAAAUCAGAGCUCGAAGCGGAAAGUCUGGACUUUUUCACCAUGUGGAAAAAGGGGAUGCUACUGACUUUUGGGGGAAUUCCAGGUGACAGUGAGGCGACAAAGAGUACACAUCACCUGCGUGGGUGUCUGGAAAAAAUCCUUGUCCAGGGCCAGGUCAUUGAUCUUGAUCGGGCACUGUACAAACACACAGCGGUGUCAUCACAUAGCUGUCCUACAGAACCAAUAAAUGAACUUACUUAAUAGAGAUUCAAGGCAAUCAUCCUAUUUAAAAAUAUGGAAUGUGCAGGUGACCCAAAAUAACCUCCAAAAAUGUACUGAUGGGCUCUGAUGCUACUUACACUGAGCAAUAAAAUACAUUUGAAAUUAAACGAUACAUCUUU